UCCGGCUGGAGGGGAGGCUCCGACGUCGCCUUCCUUCCUGGUUCCUGCAGCAGCUGCUGCCGCUGCUCAGCCCCGCGACGAGGGAGCGGGCGACCCGGAGACUGUGACUCAGAGGCAGCGCGGCGCACGGGCCAAGGAGCACGGGGCGUCCAUGGACCCUGGGGGCCCCCUCAGACCAGGUGACGCCCACCCAAGACUGCCUUAGGGAGGGGCUGUGCCUUCUCCAUGGACUUCCAGGAGCGGGACCCCCCCUCGCUGGCCGAGAGGACCCAGUCUGCGAAGUCCAGCAGCACCCAGCAGGCCUCAGAGCUGUGGGAGGAGGUAGCGGAGCCUCGGGGCAGGCAGGGGCCUGAGGGGAUCAUGCCGGACCGGCAGGAAGGUCACCUGCUCAAGAAGAGGAAGUGGCCUCUGAAGGGCUGGCACAAGAGAUACUUUGUUCUGGAGGAUGGAAUCCUGCACUACGCAACCACCCGGCAAGAUAUCACCAAGGGGAAGCUCCAUGGCUCCAUUGAUGUCCGAUUAUCCGUCAUGUCCGUCAACAGAAAGGCCCAGCGCAUUGACCUGGACACUGAAGACAACAUCUACCACCUCAAGAUCAAAUCCCAGGAAAUGUUCCAGAGCUGGGUGGCCCAGCUGCGUGCCCACCGCCUGGCCCAGCGCCUGGAUGUGUCACGAGGCUCGCUGCCCAGCACUGCCCACCGGAAGGCUCCUGGUGCCCAGACAGCAGCGGGUACUGCAGCCAUCCCUGGGCUGGGGCCACGGGAGAAGGUGUCCUCCUGGCUGAGGGACAGCGACGGGCUAGACCGCUGUUCCCAUGAGCUCUCUGAGUGCCAGGGCAAGCUCCAGGAGCUGCACCGGCUCCUCCAGAGUCUGGAGUCUCUGCAUCGCAUCCCCUCCGCCCCCGUCAUCCCCACGCACCAGGCCUCGGUGACUGCCGAGAGGCCCAAGAAGGGGAAGCGGACGAGCCGCAUGUGGUGUACCCAGAACUUUGCCAAGGACGACACCAUCGGACGGGUCGGACGUCUCCACGGCUCUGUCCCCAACCUGUCUCGCUACCUGGAGUCCCGGGACACCUCGGGUCCCCGAGGGCUGCCGCCCCCCGACUAUGCCCACCUGCAGCGCAGUUUCUGGGCCCUGGCCCAGAAGGUACACACCUCCCUCAGCAGUGUCCUGGCCGCCCUCACCACCGAGCGGGACCGCCUCCGAGACCUGCACCAGGGCUCUGAGCUGCCGAGGCUGGGGGUCUCUGAGGCCUCCACCGCCUCGAGGCGCCUCCACUCUCUGUCCAUCUCCUCCGACACCACUGCGGACUCCUUCAGCUCCCUGAACCCCGAGGAGCAGGAAGCUCUGUACAUGAAGGGGCGCGAGCUGACCCCGCAGCUGUCCCAGAGCAGCGUCCUGUCCCUCGCUGACUCACACACAGAGUUCUUUGAUGCCUGUGAGGUGCUCCUAUCGGCCAGCUCUUCCGAGAACGAGGGCACCGAGGAGGAGGAGGAGUCAUGUGCCAGCGAGGUCACCACCAGCCUGUCAGAGGAACUGCUGGAGCUCAGGGGGGUGGAGCCAUGGCAGAAAGGCAGAGCUCCUGGGCCUCCCCGUCGCCGUUGCCUGCCUGCCGCCAGCGGCCCCGGGGCCGACGUGAGUCUGUGGAACAUCCUGCGGAACAACAUCGGCAAGGACCUGUCCAAGGUGUCCAUGCCCGUGCAGCUCAAUGAGCCGCUCAACACGCUGCAGCGGCUGUGCGAGGAGCUGGAGUACAGCAGCCUCCUGGACCAGGCCAGCCGGCUGGCCGACCCCUGCGAGCGCAUGGUGUACGUGGCCGCCUUCGCCGUCUCCGCCUACUCCUCCACCUACCACCGCGCCGGCUGUAAACCCUUCAACCCAGUCCUGGGGGAGACUUACGAGUGCGAGCGGCCCGACCGGGGCUUCCGCUUCAUCAGUGAGCAGGUCUCCCACCACCCCCCUAUCUCGGCAUGCCACGCGGAGUCUGAGAACUUCAUCUUCUGGCAAGACAUGAAGUGGAAAAACAAGUUCUGGGGAAAAUCCCUGGAGAUUGUGCCGGUGGGGACUGUCAACGUCCGCCUGCCCAGGUUUGGGGAUCACUUUGAGUGGAACAAGGUCACGUCUUGCAUCCACAACAUCCUGAGCGGCCAGCGCUGGAUCGAACACUACGGGGAGGUGCUGAUCCGGAACACGCAGGACAGCUCCUGCCACUGCAAGAUCACCUUCUGCAAGGCCAAGUACUGGAGCUCCAACGUCCACGAGGUGCAGGGCGCCGUGUUCAGCCGGAGCGGCCGUGUUCUCCACCGACUCUUCGGAAAGUGGCAUGAGGGGCUGUACCGGGGUCCCCCGCCCGGUGGUCAGUGCAUCUGGAAGCCCAACUCGAUGCCCCCAGACCACGAGCGAAACUUUGGCUUCACUCAAUUCGCCUUGGAACUGAACGAGCUGACGUCAGAGUUGAAACGGUCGCUGCCAUCCACGGACACGCGGCUCCGUCCAGACCAGAGGUACCUGGAAGAGGGGAACAUACAGGCUGCUGAGGCCCAGAAGAGACGCAUCGAGCAGCUGCAGCGAGACCGGCGCCGAGUGAUGGAGGAGAACAACAUCGCCCACCAGGCGCGCUUCUUCAGGCGGCAGACGGACAGCAGUGGGAAGGAGUGGUGGGUGACCAACAACACAUACUGGCGGCUGCGGGCUGAACCUGGCUACGGGAACCUGGAUGGGGCUGUGUUGUGGUAGCCCCGGCCUUGGGGCAGGAGACCCGGCUUCCUGCCUCCUGCCUCCGCGCCCACAGACACAUGAGUGAGACCAGGCUCCUGGAGGACCGAGGGGCACCUCUGGCUCUGCCUGCUCCCCUCUGCUGGCCAGGGGGGCUGCACACCCCAGCACAUCGCCCACCCCGUGUCCGGGGUGGGAAACAGAAUUCCUGCUCUUCUAGUCUCGUUGUCCCAGACCACCGGCAUGUAAGACCCUUCUUGCUCUGUCUUCCCCCUCUCUCUCCCCCUGGUCACCUGGGGGAGACGUCAGGCUCUCCAGGAUCUGUUCCCCAUUUCAGUGCCUUCCUAGGACACAGGGGACUCCUUGAUGCUCCCCAGGCUUCCCAUGCCCAGGGCCCAGCCUCAGCUGUGUGGUUGGAUGCGUGAAGGAGAGGAGAAGGGUUUCUCUCCCCCCCUUUGCUCCUGUCCUGGCCUCAUGGGGCUCCCUUGGCUCAGUCCCCAAACUGCAAAAACGCCUGCAGCUUCUAGCACCUUCCUUGGUCCCCAAGUGGUUUCCUUCAGACCCAGCUCAGUGGAUCCCCCAGAACUGAUGAAACCUCUCCAAGAGGUGGGGAGCUGGCGGAGCAGAUAGGGCACCUGGCUCCACACCCCCACCCCAAUGUGUGAGCUGUUGUGUGUGUGUGUGUGUGUGUGUGAGCUGUCACAUGUGUGUGUGUGAGCUGUCACAUGUGUGUGUGAGAGAGCAUGUGUGUGUGCAUGCAUGCGUGUGUGUGUGUGUGCGCGCGCGCUGUGUGUGCUGUAUGUGCUGCUCGCGGGCGAGCGGGGUCCCCAAUGUAGCCGGGUGCCGUGCUGCUGCGCGCCCCCCACCAUUGCUGCUCAUUCUUGCAGUCUGCCUCUAAUGACGGUGAAUGGCUGUGACAUUCCAAGCGCCAAUAAAAAUUGU